CAAAGAAACGGCUACAUGCAAUUCAAAACCAAGUUGGUUUGCCGGUUCAUUCAAUUAUACAGGCAAUCCCAACAAGAUGGAAUUCAACUCUACAUAUGUUGCGUAGGAUGUUGGAACAGAAGCAUGCUCUCAGCAUAUAUGCAAGUGAGUAUGGUCAUUUUAGUUUACCAAAUACAUAUGAGUGGGAACUUGUCGCCAAAUUAGUUGCUUUAUUGACACCCUUUGAGACGAUAACGUUGGAGAUUAGUCAUUCUGAAGCUUCCGCAUCAUGCAUACUACCCAGUAUUGCAGUACUUAAAGCUCUUCUACAAAGUGAUAAUGAAGCAACAUUUGGGAUUGGUACUAUAAAAGGAACCAUGUGUGAAAGCCUGUUAAGAAGAUAUUGUAAUGUUGAAAAUGUUAAACCAGUGGUGAUUGCUUGCCUCCUGGAUCCCCGAUUCAAAGACAAACCAUUUUCAUCAGAGAUUGUCUUAGGUAGAGCUAAGGAUUGGUUAAUUAAUGAAGUUAAGGAACAAGACCAAGGAGAAGAACCAGUGGCAGCAAAGAAGCAAAAACAAUCCAGUGAUAGUGAGAAUGACCUAUUGUCCAAUUUGUACAAAAAUGUCUUAGGUCAAGGAUCUACUGAUAACAAUGAGUGUGAAUCAACAGAUGUUCAAACAGAAAUUAAUAAAUAUCUUUCAGAACCACUUAUUGAUCGGUCUACCGGACAUCCACUGGAUUGGUGGAAAAAUAAUGAAACUCGUUUUGUCAUUCUAGCCAAACUAGCUAGAAAAUAUUUAAAUCCACCGCCUUCUUCUGUGCCAAGUGAACGAGAUUUUAGCACAAUUGGAAAUAUAUAUGAAGAUAAAAGAAGCCGCCUCACUGGCGAACACGCAGAACAACUUUGUUUCCUGUACUAUAACUUGCAUUUGCUCGAAUACAAUUAUUAAAUCAGAUUUAGAUUGAUUAUUUUCAUUUGUUUCGCUAGUGUAAAAAUAUCGGUAAAAUAUCGGUAUCGGUG